UUGGUCGAUUCUUCGAUUUCUUUCGCUUCCGUUCCCGCCGUUUCCCCCGUCGCUUCAUCUAUCGAGAAUUGCGAUCCGCUCGCCUGUCGCGCGACCGACGGCACACUGACAGUUUACCGUCAUCUCUUUGUGCGCUCACCACCCGUCCCCGCCUGAUCGAAGCGUCGGCCCGACCAGUUCUAUUGUGGUCGUGUCGUUUGAUAGAUGCCCAGAUGUGUAACAGCCAUGUCCCGUGCGUCGUGAUACCCUAGCUGCGCUGUCGAAAAGGGCGGCCAACCUCUUGUUGAUAUCGCCGAUUCCAUCAGACAGAACUGCCAGCGCCGAGUAUAGUCAAGUCAGCUUGUCACCCGCUCACCUCUCACUCCUGGGCUGGGCCAUGUGACAUUGUGAUGCACGGCGCCUGCCUUUAUGCAUCUCAUAUCUAGGAAACAAGGCAGAAAAUCCAAGCCUUCGUGGAGGAUGGCGGUCUACAUUCCCCGUCUGUCAUGCGGCUUGUUCCGCCAUGCUGUCCUGCUAGAGAAGAAGAUCUGUGAUGGCUGACCUGUCUGAAUUGCUCAGGCUCGUAUUCAGUGCCAAUACCAUGGUCAGUUAUGGCUGGGUUGGCACGAGCUCCCCCCAAGGGUCAAUCGAGAGCUCUUUUCAGCAGCCCAGAGUGAAAGUGCCUUAUGCGGUGAACAAUGUGGGUCGAUGCCGGACUUCUAUCCAGCAGCCAUAGGCCAUACGGAUGGUUUGCGGUGGUGGAGCGCUGGCGCCGUUUGUGAGCGUUGCCUUUGGCGAAGCGUGGAACCAAUUCCUUGAGCCGAUCCAAGGCUAAAGCUCGAUGGCCCCAGAUCUGGAUGAGAACCGUUUUGCUGCAGCGAUCGCCGAGCCCAUCAGCGCAACCCUCAUCGUCAUUCCCGCAGCGCCCUCACAUUCCACCCCUGCCAAUGACCUGUUUUGCUCAUCACGCAGCAGGACACUCUGUCAGUCGUGCAGAGGUGCGAUUUCCCGCUCCUUGGUUGUCGCUUCGCGCGCUUCUGGGGGGCCGACGGACAGAAGAAAGCAUGGCCUGAGGUGCAGAUGCUGUUGUUCUGUUUUCCCUAUCUUCCCCUGGUGGGAAAUCCUGGUGGGAAACACCGGUAAUGGAUAACUCCAAGCUCCCCUAGUCCCCAUCGCUCUCACGGCGUUCAAUCCUCAGGGCAGGGGUCUAGGGUGGAGGGUCCAUUGGGUCCAGAUCGUCAAGCACCCGCAUGGCUGGGGCUGUUAGACCGUCCUUUGAUAUCACUCCGAUCACAACAGCUGCCGAUGCAUUCAGCGAUCAGGGACAUGCAUCGAAAGCACCAAAUUCGCUCCCUUGGCCUGCUGGCCCCUCCAAUAUGGGCCAAAAUGCCACCCUGGGCCACGUAGGGGAACACAGCGACUCGGUCAGCUCAGUAUGGGUUUUUGGGAUCGUGAUUCAUCCAACGGUAUCGGCCCUGGGACAGUCCCUCUUUCCCCUCGUCCCCCGCGGCAAUUGGCCCAUGGCCUGUUGUUCUCCGGGCCCGUGCCUGGCGAUAUAGUUUUGGUUCUUUGUUUCCUUGCCCAUCUGCUCAUCUGAAGCUCGGGAAGCUUUGGCCGCCUUGUCACAAACCUUCCGUCAUCCCGUCCGAUUUCACACGGCCCCCGUCCCUGCCAACAAACCUCCGUGGAUCUCGAUUCCACGCAGACUUUGUGGUCGCCUUACCCAGACCACUGGGCCAUGCUUUUGUGUCGGAGCACCACCGUAUUGAUCUCUUGAUUAAAUAUCUUCAUGUUCCGUUCCUCAAUCCCUCAUCCCCUUCUCCUUUGUUCGCCACCCCACAAUCAGCAUCAUCAUCACCCAGACCAGGAGCCCAGCGCCCUGCUUACAAGUCAACAAGAACAAGUGACGGCACAGGUUACACAGCGGGUUCCCUAACCCAUUUGUCAAGCCAUCAUCCAGCACACGAACAGCGAGUCCUCGGACGUAUACCCAGUCACCCACCUUUACCUGGAUGUCUUGUUAGUGAAGGGGACAUUUACUCGUUCCAGAACCGGCCUCGUACACCACAGUGCCACUGGCUUUCAAAUCCACCGUGACGCCCAGCAUGAGCAACCAGGUCAAUACAUGGGAUGGCAACUCGUGGGAGGGUCGUGCUAUCGAGCACUAUGGUGGGCGGCAGUUGGACACGCAAAUCUACGAUCCCAUCAUCUUUCCUGGGUUGUAUUCCAACAGCGGUCUUGACAUCAUGUCGGUGCUGCAGAUCUCUCUCCACUCAAGACCAAACCCCCAGGUGGACAUUGGAGCUGUCGACAUGUCGUGUCCCAUCAUCGUCUGCGACCUCUUGCGACCCGAUCAGCCCAUCAUCUACGCAUCAGACUCCUUCCUGGAACUGACAGGAUACAACCGACCAGAGGUACUGGAGAGAAACUGCCGGUUCAUGCAGGCCCCUGGUGGGCAAGUCAAGCCCAAAUCGGCACGAAAAUAUGUCGACGAAAAGACAAUCAAGAAGAUGCGGAAAUCGGUCGACCGGAACUCUGAGCUGCAGAUCCCAGUCACCAACUUCAAGAAAGAUGGUCAACAAUUCACCAACUACCUGACCAUGAUUCCGCUACAGUUCAACAGCCACCAGUUCAACAUCUCGGUCGGGUUUCAGUGCGAGAUGAACGGAUGAAUCGAGCUUUCGAAAUAGAGCGAUGCCACGAUGAGACAUUCACCAGCAACCACAUCAUCGAGAUUCGCUCAGGAUCAUUGUUUUCUUAUUCAAAUUGUGUCACACAGCAGGGAUCGGCGUUCCGGAUGCAUCGAGCGACAAUCUGAUUUUUGUCUUUGCUUUUCUUCUCUGUUAAAACAAGGUGCUUUUAGGCAUUAUGAUACCCCAUUGACACGGUCAACACACGACCCUUUCUCUCCAGCUUCUAUCGAUUUGCAGGGUUUUUACUGCAAGUAGGGGCGGGCGUCUGGUUCUUACUACAUUUUUAUUCGGCAUAUACACAUUACUGGUGUUUUCCUUUGGGAGCAAAGACGCUAAGGGUACAAACAAACCAGACACACAAACAUGGGAAGGCGUUACGGCUUGAAUGGAUUGAUACGACUCCUAGAAUAUGGAAGCCGUACAUGGCCGAUUUUGGAAAUGGUCAGGGGACUUUUUAGCAUUGGAAUGGGAAAUACGUUCAAUGGCAGAGACGGACAGCUGGAUGGGCGGAAUAUGGAUGAUAGGCCUUUGUAUUCUCACCAAUAUGAUGGGAGGGGUCGUUGCUACUCGGGAUACGUGUACAACAAGGCAAAAUCGAGCUGUCGUUAUUGGCAUUAUCGCCAGUGAUAGAACCUUGUCCCGGAACAAUGCUGCCAGAAUGAAAUGUGCCAGUAGAUCUCUGUCGCUGACAACCAGACCUUACUCUCCUAAAGGUGUAGCUUUUGGAUAUCCCGUCAUGUGGCCUGGACAAUGGCUCAAAAAUGCUGGUAAAAAGAAGCAAGAACAACCAACUACCGAAAGCCCCUCUCCGACGCCAUCGGCGGACGAAACCGUCCGCUCUCAGUCUCGCUCCCCUGACCAACCCCCCUGAUCAUAUAUCCACCCCAGCUCAGUCAUGAUCGCACCCUCGACAUCCCCACUUGCGAUCACUCACAUCCCAAGCAAAAAGCCAAGCUCAGUAAAACCGUUUACAACUCCCUUUUGACUUUCUUUUUCUGAUCUCAGAUUAUGCAAGACAUAAUUCCUCGUUUCCCAAGAGAAACAACACAUCACGGAGAACUAAGCCGGACAAGUCACUUCCCAGGGUCCCCGACACACGUUUUCUGUGGUUAUUAUUCCACCCUUCUCCCUUACAUCUUUCGGUGUCCAGAAGCGGGAGCAGCCGAUACUACUUACCAUCGAGUGGAAAAAACAUGACGUGAGAAACAUGAGAAACAACCAAAAUCAGGCUUGGCGAUCAUGGAAGUCGAUACCAGCUGCGAUGAUCAAGGAAACUGUUAGGCCAGCGCAGAAGAGAUGGCAAACACGGGUCGGCACUUGAAUGGAUAAGCACAACCUGUAUCUGCUGGCAGAAAAUUGAGGGAAUUACUGUAGCAGUUCUCGCUGUUUGCCGGGUGAUGGGGUGACGGUGACGGCUAGGUACGUUAGGCAUAAUGGUCUGAUGACUGGUCAUAGGGGGGAAGUACGUACGUCAAUCGCACUGCACUGGCGAGCAGGGGGGUGAAAGGCAAGGUUGAUAGGGGAGCUGUUCACGCAGGACAGUGACGUUUCAGCUACAAGUGUCUGGAUAUUGAAGUUGAUAAAAAGGAGCAAAACUGAUAGGGGUAGACCUAUUGUGGUAGUCUGAUAAGGGUGUGCUUGGGGAGGCUGACGUCAAAUGUUUUGUUUACACUUAACAUCUUCAAGUUACCCCAGCUAAUCUUGACGGGCCGGCUUCCACCUCCUCGAAACUGACAGCCCUUUCUUCUCAUUCUGGCGUGCUCUUUAAUCCUGUACAGUCGCAGAAAGAUCCGAGAUACCACAAGCCAAAUGCAGGCCAUCGAAGGCCAUUUUCCUCGCCUCACACUGACUGUUCUGUUCCACCUACAGCUCACACUUGCAAACAGAAAGCGAGCGAUCGAUCUUUCCACCUACAGGUCUCCUCGUCUCUCACCAACACAGCUACACACAGUUGAUCAUCCGAUGCCAUCUAUCGCUCCUUCACACUCCUUUACCGCAACGAAAAGAGAGAAGAACAGAUACCUCUCCCUCGACAUCUCCUCGCCCGCAUCUCAUUCAAAGACAUCACCUCGACAGCCAAGCCGAAAGAAUCUUCUCCUAACCACCUGAGCGACAAAAAUUCCCACCCACGCCACAUUUGUCGACCCGUUUCACCUCCCUCCCUCCAAGAGACCCAUCAGACCCAUCCUAUCUAUCCUACCAAGCCUGUCCAGCAAAGCAACUAGAUCGAUCGCAUACCUCUGCCGAUCUACAAAAACCUCCGUUGCCUGAUCUCCUCUCCAACCUACCCAACUUACUUGACUGCUGUCGAUCGCAUAAAUAUGACAAGACUGACUGUAUGAUCACACCAUCAUCUGCUCAAGCAGCUACAGCCUCUCGACUACAAGAGAGCGACUGUCAGCUACCUACCAACGACCGACAAUCGACGAUGUGCGGUUAGUAAUCAUAUUCUAGCACACUGACAAAGAGUCGGUAGCACUUUCGUAAGGUAACAGGAGAUGAUCGAUUACCACGCCAUUCCCAGUUGGCGGCACGAACAAGAACGGAUGAGAUUUUGGCCACUGCUGUUUUACCUUAUUGGGGUUUACACAGUGGUGAGAAUAGGUAGGUAGGUUAGGUAGGUAAGGCAGGUAAAAAGAAAGAAAGAUUUGUUUGUGCGGCAGGGCUGGAGUGUAGGCGCGAAUGGGGAUGAUGUCAGGCAGGCAACAAGCUGCGAUUGGUCUUUCACAGGUCUGUUUUGCUCUUGUGGUUAGCUCUCUUGCUCUGGAAUUGGUUAACCUGGGGUACUCCAAUCCGAAUAAAUUCGAUUCGGUUUGCUAGGCAGACUUAGGGUAGGCCCUUCGAUAGUUAAGAGGCAUAUUCGGCUAGACUGUCGACUGAGCUGUCUACCUAUAGAGCUGGAAUCAAGGUCCAGAGGUGAUUGUCGUUAAACUUAUCGAUAAAUCACUCGAUUAAGUCAUCGAAUGAACUUCUAAUAGAGAUAACAUGGAGACUGACGAUCAGGCUGUCGAUUGAGCUCUUUGUUGAGCUGUAAUUACUAGUCAAGUAAGCCUGCGGUUGUUAGGCUGCCUGUUGGCUGUGCUGUCUAUCGAUUAGCUUCAAUCAAUUGGAUUGGAUACCCAAGGUAGUCUAUCGAUUGAGCUGCCAUCGAUUAAGCGGUCUGCCGAUUAAGCUGUCUGCCAAGUGAUCUGCUGUCGAUUGAGCUGUCUGUCGGUUGAGCUGUCUGUCGAUUAAGCUGUCUGUCGAUUGAGCUGUCUAUUGAUUGAGAUGUAUAUUGAUUGAGAUGUCUAUUGAUUGAGAUGUCUAUCGAUUGAGCUGCCUGUCAACUCAGUCAGUCGGUUGAGGGCUUGCUAGACUUAUCAGCUUAAUAAAGGACCAUCGGCUACUUUAACACUGCCAGCUAGAUACCUAGGUCGCAUUUUAUUCCUUCAUCAACACUACAGUUACUUAUUUUGUUCGAUCGAAGUGUUUUACAAUGGCUAGUUAAAUUGCGGAGGAUGUCGUCGAUCCGGUCCUGGGUCC